AUGGCCGAUCAGCUGCGAUUUGACGACCAGGUCGUCGUUGUCACCGGCGCUGGUGGCGGCCUCGGCAAGGUCUACGCCCUCUUCUUCGCCUCGCGCGGUGCCUCUGUCGUCGUCAACGACCUCGGCGGCUCCUUCAAGGGCGAGGGCACCUCCAGCAAGGCCGCCGAUGUCGUCGUCAACGAGAUCAAGGCCGCUGGGGGGAAAGGCCGUGGCCAACUACAACUCCGUCGAGGAAUGGCGACAAGAUCAUCGAGACGGCCAUCCAGGCCUUUGGUCGCAUUGACAUCCUCAUCAACAAUGCCGGUAUCCUCCGUGACAUCAGCUCAAGAACAUGAUCGACCAUGA